CGUAGCGAUGUAGAGACGUACGCACGCUCUCACGUCACGGCUGUUUAUCAAGUAGAUUGUUUACUGUCGGGCAACACGUGUGCGGUUGUGUUUGUUCAUUGAGAUCAAAAGUUUACAGUUCGUUAAAGUGUUAAAGGAUACUAGACAAGUGGUCGGAUUACGAGGAAAUGAUAUUUUUUUAUUAGGAAUAAAAUUAUACGAGACAGUAUUGGGUGUUUUAUUAUGUAAAUUCCUGUGAUAGUGAAGUGUUAAUGGGGCAGUUACUCAGAUGUGUGAGGGCAGGAGGUGGGCCUGCCGAAGCCACCGCACUCCUGACUCUUGUUCUGGCUGUUGGCGUCCUCGGGUAUGUGGACACGGAAGAAUUAAUCAGUGACCUGGAUAAGCCUGUUCCCACGGCGCAUGUGCAAGGUGUCCUGGGUAAGAAGGCUGCCUUACCAUGCGACAUCCAGCCGUUAGCAGCUGGCGACCAUGGUUCUAUGGUACUGUGGUUCAAAGAGGCCGACGGGGAGCCAAUAUACAGUUAUGACGUCCGAGGCCGCCUGGCUUCUCAGCCCAGGCUCUGGUCUUCCAUAACUGGCUUCGGGACCAGAGCGUACUUCCGGGCAGCGGCCAGCCCGGCUGUACUGUUUGUGGACAACGUGAUGUCUUCAGACGCUGGCAUCUACAGGUGCAGGGUCGACUUCAAGAAUUCACCGACGAGGAAUCUGAGAUUAAAUUUUACUGUGAUAACUCCACCAAAUCGCCCAAUCAUAAUGGACGCAAAGACAAGAGACCAGACCCGACUUCUAGAACCGUACAACGAAGGCGACACGUUGGAACUAAUCUGCGAAGUGUUUGGAGGGGACCCCAAGCCGAAAGUGACAUGGUACCUCGAGAACACAGUCAUCGAUGAUUCAUACGAGCAGCGGCCUGACGGAGUGACUGUCAACAUGUUGACCUUCCCCAGUAUUGGACGGCAGCAUUUGAACGCCAGGCUCGUCUGUCAAGCAUCCAAUACGAAUUUAGCUCCGCCAGAGACCAAGUUACUAAUAUUAGACAUAAAUUUAAGGCCACUCACGGUGCAGAUUCUCAACAAGAGUCAGCAGUUGUCAGCCGACAGGAGCUACGAGGUCGAGUGCAAAAGCACAGGCUCCAGACCCGAGGCUGAGGUGACGUGGUGGAAAGGCAGCAGGCAACUGAAGCGGAGUGCCAAAAAUUUCUCAGAGAGCAACGCUACGAUAAGUCUUCUAACGCUAGUACCAGAAGCCGAGGACCACGAGAGGACGCUGGUGUGCAGAGCAGAGAAUCCCCGCGUACCAGACGCGGUACUACAGGACGAGUGGAAACUGAACGUGCAUUAUGUUCCCAUAGUAACAUUGAAGUUAGGAGCGAGUCUCAACCCUGGAUACAUCAAGGAAGGAGACGACGUAUACUUCGAAUGUAAUGUUAAAGCGAAUCCGAAGAGUCACAAACUCACGUGGUACAAAGGGAUGAAGGAGAUUCAGCACAACGCCAGUGCUGGUAUCAUUCUCAGCGACCAAAGUCUAGUUCUGCAGAGCGUGACCAGAUCCGCAGCCGGUGAUUACAGCUGUCUAGCGUCUAACAAAGAAGGAAGUACCACAAGCAACUCCGUGACACUACAAAUAAGAUAUGCACCGAUGUGUAAAGUUUUCAACGACGGGGAGGUGUACGGAGCGUUGAAACAAGAGACUGUACAGUUACUGUGCACUGUGGACUCGAGUCCACCGCCUACCAGCUUCAGUUGGACCUUCAACAAUUCUGGCGAAACUAUACAACUGUCUCCCAACCUGUAUACAGUAUCCGGCUACACGUCGACUCUGAAUUACAAACCGACGACCGACAUGGACUACGGCUCGAUUUUGUGUACAGCGAGCAACGUGGUGGGGAAACAGGGAGUGCCGUGCCUUUACAAAUUAGUCGCUGCAGGUCGACCGAUGCCGCUGCAGAAUUGUUCUGUUGUAAAUCAAAGUUCAAAUAGUUUGCAAGUAGAAUGCACAGAGGGCUUCGACGGUGGCUUACUGCAAACGUUCUACAUGGAAGUACUGGAGCUGCCUUCUUUGAUGGUCCGAGCGAACAUAUCUUCGAAUAGUACCCCUUACUUCGAGGUGCCAGAUUUAGACAGUAGGUCUAGCUACACUGUCAUACUAUAUGCGGCCAACGCUAAAGGCAGGAGUGAAUCGGUCAACUUGUAUACAGUGGCUUUGAGGUCUCCUGAUAAAUAUACAGGCGCCAGCACUUCGAUUCCGCUGUCGCCGAUGCUGGUGUGCCUGCUGGCGGUGGCAGCGUUGCUGUGCACCGGUAUCUGCGGAGUGAUCACCGCGUUAUACCGGCGACAUGCUGCCAGGAGGCAUGAUAUUGAUAAGCGCCUGCCCACAAAUGCUUUAUACACAGAGCAAAGUGUGGAAUCUCUAUCCAAACAUGACAACCUGAACACAUACUGUGGCUCCCCCAAGCUGGACUAUUGCAGCCAGUACGAGCUGAGUGCGGAAGGUGAAUUGGAGGAAUCAGAUCCUGAUAUUAUACCUUGUCAUUAUGACAGGAAGCUGGUCAACGAGUUCAGUAAACUGCCGAGUCCAGAGGUCAUGUUCAAUCCCUAUGGAGCAAAUGGUGAACGAACAACAAAUUUUCCAACUAGCGCAUCCUCCUCAAGUAUAUCGAUGGUGAAUCGAGGGGUGUGCGCUAGGAGCUCGGACAUUGCGGCGGCGACGCGGGGACGCACCGAAAUCGUCACCACCGCGAGGAAAGUCAAGGAGAGCUGUAUAUAAUAUUGUGACCAAGUGUAGAAAUAUAGCGAACACAAAAGUAUCUUAAAAUGACAGUCAACUCUAAAUAGUCCCCGCAAAUUUAGGUAAUUUUAAAUAAGUCGUGCUUUUUUACAGACUUACGUGAUAAUUGGUACAUAAGUUGAUAUUAAGGAUUGUAAUAUAUUUGAACAACUGUUAUUCAGUAUUGAAUAAUUUAAAAAUGCGAAUGUAAGUAAAUAUUAAUAGGAAUAUUAAGAAUGCGAAGUAAAUGUAUUGUUUGAUUCUUUUAUGUAACAAAAUAUUUUAUUAAAUUAAUUGUACUAUAAUAUAUUGUAUAAUAUAUUGUAAUAUAAUAAUAAUAUUAAAAGAAUUUAUUAAAUUUAUUGGAGAUUUAAAAAGAAUCAAUUUUAAUCAAUUGUAUUUGAAUUAAUUUAGAAUUUUAAAGAAAGAAAGAAAUAUUUAUUUAGUGUUUAAUUUAAUUUAAUUUAAUUUAAUUGUACACUUAAUUAUUAUGUAUAAAACAUUUAACAAUAAAAAAGAAGGUAUAAGUACAGUCACGUGUAAUAACUUUGUAACAAUUAAUUUCAUAGGUUUUUAAAUUAAGUAAUAAAUGUUUUUAAUAAUGAUAAAUCGUAUAAUAAUUAUUAUAAAAUAGAACAAGGUACAAAAAAUAUUAACAUAGUGUUAUUUAUCUUGACUGUACUUAUCGAAGAAUUAAUAAUAUUAUUACGUAUCAACGAAGAAGUUGAGUGAUGAGUUUGUAAGAUGCAAAGUAACAGAAAGAUACAUGAAAGAUAGACCGACGAAAGAUGUAAUAAUGUUGGUGGUAUGUUAAAUUAGAUAAAUGAAUUAGAUACUAACAUUCCGAAACCGGCGGUAAAAUAAAAAAAAAAUUACGAUUUAAAAGAAUUUGUAAAAUUUAAUUUAAUUAUAUUUUAAUUAGAUUAAUAUUUUUAUUUUAUACUUAAUAUUUUUAUUUUGCUCGCUACUUUGUGCAUGCGGAUUUUAAAAGUAGGAAUAUUAAUGAAAUAUACCACUUUUAGAUGGCGUAUCAAGAUAAAACUUAUACCAAUUUCUAUGUUACACAUAUCUGUCAAAACUACAUUCAAUUUGGCGCAGUAGCUUUUACGUGAUAUCGGAACAGACAUAUAGAUUUACAGACAGACAAACAAGAUUUCUGUAAUGUUCUGAUAUCUAUUGGUGUUAUUAAAAUCCCUCAUAUUUUUUUUUUUAAUAUCUUCUAUGUACAUUUUAUUAUAUUUGUAAGAUUUUAUUGUAGAUCAGAAUAAAAGGCAAAAAUAUAAUAUACCAGUCACAAAUACAGAAAAAAAGUUCUGGAGAAUCUCGCCGCUUAAUGCGUUCCACUCACCCCAUAAAUAAUUUGGACCGUAUAUUUUAAUUCUGUUAAGUCUGCUUGACGAUGUCAUCGACCAGUAUCAUCGACUUGGCCAUAUUGAUUUGUGAACUUGUCGAAUUUCGCAGAAUUGCCAAUAAAUUAUUUAAAAAGUGUCCAAUAAUUACAUUUUAUUAUCUUUUAUAUAUUGUGAUUCCUAAGGGAGACUGUCAAGCCUACUCUAGUUGGUAACAAAUAAUAAAUAAAUUUUAAUUCAUUCGAAAUAUAUUUCUAAAAGUGGAAUUUUGACAUAAAAUGUUUGAUUGAUUGUAAUUUUGUGAUUAGAUGCACAUUAAUACAGAUUUAAUAAGAAUCGAUUGACGUUAAAAAUAUAUAAAAUAUAAAUUUGUAAUUUAAUUUCAAUUCACCCCUCUAAUGGGGUGAGUGGUCAUCUUAGAAUAAUUUUGUACCCGACAUAUCAAACGAGUACGCGGGGUAACAUUUACGAAUCUAGUGAGUUCGGGACGAAUAGAACUAAUGUAUUGUUCUACAUACAUAUAUGAAAUGAAAGUUUGGAUGCUUAUCACUUGUGACACAUGUUGUGACAAGUUAUCAUCCGACAUGUUUAUAUAUGUAUUGACAUAUUGACGCAUGGGGGAUAUCAUGGACGAAACAGUAUACUCUGUUAUGUCCAUGGUACUGCUCAUGUCUAUAGGCGACGACUACCACUUUCCAUCAGGUGGGCCGUCAGCUUGUUUGCCAUUCUUAGUUGUAUAAAAAAAAACUCUAUUGACAAAGUUCACAAGUUUCUUAACUACUAACUAUAAGUGGAUCACGUUGUCUACAACUAUCUAGUUUAAUUAGGUUUAAAAGAAAUAAAAUUAACAAGAGGUUGUAAUGAAUUAAUGUUAAAUUUAAUAUUAAUUUACGAGUAAUUCCAAAGUGUAUAAUGAGUUAAAAAAAUUUAAAGUUAAGGGAAGGAUAAUGUUUGAUAAAUUAUUCGAUAAUUAAUUAUUAAAUAGAUCACUUGUAUAUAUUAUAUAUAAAAACUAAUUUAAUAAUGUAUAUGUAUAAAUUACAUAAAAAAUAAUAUACAUCGAGUUACUAUUUUCACUUAGUAAAAAUUAUAAAUUGUA